GACGACGACAACGCCUCCAGCAUGGCAAAGCAGGUCAUCAAGUUCGCUUCCUUCAACGUCACCUCUCAAGUCUUCCAUACCACUCCCCUAUCCUUCGCCAUUGUCAACCUCAAGCCACUGCUGCCUGGUCACAUCCUCGUCUCGCCUCUCCGAAUCAAGCCUCACCUAUCAGACUUAACCCAGGAAGAAAUCAGCGACCUCUUCAACACAGUCACACGCAUCCAGAAGACGUUGAAACGAGUUUACAAGGCCGAAGCUUUCAACAUAGCUGUGCAAGACGGUGCUGCGGCGGGCCAGAGCGUUCCACAUGUGCACUGUCAUGUUAUCCCGAGAGUGAAGGGCGACCCGGGCGAGGGUGAUAAGGUGCAUGAGUGGCUGGAGGGAGAGGAGGGUAAUGUGGGAGGGCACCAGAAAGAAGCGGAGACGAGACGGGCGGCAGAGUGGGCAAAGGAUGACGAACGGAAGCCGCGAACGAAGGAGGAGAUGGACGAAGAAGCCAGAUGGCUCAAAGCAGAGAUCGCGAAGGACGAGACAUCCUCUCCAGCAUUAUAACCAAGGGCCCAAGCUACUAGAAGGCAAUCUGCCUGGACUCCAAGCGAGGCAACCGCAUAAGCUUCUAUUCCUUACCAUGAGUGGUUGAAUCCUAGUGGUCCAAACGAUUGUGCCGAGUGAAUAUACAGCAAAUGCGCUGGCACAUGC